AUGGCAGUCGCCAAGGUGAACCACGGUUGCAGUAUCAUGCUUGCCUCGCACUCUCGCUCCUCGAUGAAGGAAUUCGCACAGAGCGGAUGGUUGGACGAGAGGCAUCCGACACAGACAUUCCAGCCCAUCAUAACAACUCGAUCACUAAUCUUCAAGCUCGUCAUAGCAAAUGCUACCCUGCACGCACCUCCGCACUGCUCUCUUUCAUUCAGGGACCCCGAGCUGCUCAAGCAGCACGUCAUUCCCGACACUGAGUUGGCUCUCAAGCAAUUGACUGGGUGCACAACCGUCGUCACGGAGGCUCUUCUCCUACGCUGUGCGCUCUGGUCCGCCACUGACUCUCUUGCGGCUCACGGGAGCGCUGGUGACAAGGCUUCUGAGCUGAAGACCGGGUUUCCCCAAUUCAUCGGAUUCGACCCUAUCUCUGGAGGUGGCAGUCCCGCGUCCAAGAUCCACUUGGAUUACUCGCCCGACGGGGCCCGAAUGCACAUCCGGAGGUUUCAUCCCAGGACCGCAGAGGCUGCUGCCGAGAUCAUCCGUGUGGAGGAUUCACUCGUGGCUGCUGGCAAAGACCUGAGCGAUAGCUACAAACAUAGCGGCGGUCCCCGAUGGGCGCUUUACUCGACAUGGAGACCACUCAAAACAGUCCGCCGGGAUCCGCUGGCAGUUCUGGACUAUACGACUUUCAAGGAAGACGAUUAUGUCCCAGCGGCCGUGCCCACACCUUCUCUGGGCCGCGAAGGUGUCUGCGAGACGCACCCGGCGGAGUGCUAUCUGGCCAGGUACUCUCAGCAGCAUAAAUGGUACUGGAUCGACAACCAGAUCCCCGAGGAGUGUCUCGUUCUGAGAUUUUUUGACAGUGACGAGGAGCGAGCUGGCAGCAUUGCUGCCGGAGGCGUCCUACACUCGAGUGCUGAGUUAGAAGGCAAUGACGACGCAGAGCCCCGCGAAUCGUUAGAAAUUCGUAGCUUGUGCAUUUGGUGA